AUGUCGAGCCGUGGUCCCCAGCUUGAUGAUAUACCUCAUCCCAUUACUUCAAAAGAUAAAGAGGACAAAUUGUCAAUUAUCCAACCAGCUAAACUGCAUGGUAUUGUACUCAAAAUAGAGACCCCACCAGUGGGCCCUGAGCUUCUUCUGCUAUAUUUACUGAUCUUUUUGAUGCAACCUACCACGCACCCAGUUGGAUUUGGACCCCAACCCUUCCAGCUAACAAAAGAUCUCACACAGAUUCUCUAUUGGUGGAACCUUUUGGAGGCUUUCCCAACCACUUUUUCAGCUCUCAAAAAAUCUGUAUGUUAUAGAAUACUAAAAGUUAGGAGCUACUGGAACUUGGUUCGGCCUUAUGUUGACAGGGCCCAUGUGCUGAGCUUGGGUUAUCGAACGAGCCAAACCAAGCUUGAUGGGACCAUUGCCAACCCUAAAGGGAAUAGAGGGAAAGAAGAGAACUACUAUAUGAAGAAGAAUAAUACCACAAUAGAUGAAAAUGAGGACACCUCAGCAUCCGUAAAUAUUUCGGUUCAACUCAAUCUUUCCAUCAAUAAUACACAUUCUCUCUCUCUUCCCCCCCCCCCCCCUCGCCCCCCCUUUUUUUGGCCAAAAGAUUCCGGCCACGCCUCCGUCCACCGCCACUUCACAGACUCCACUACCACCACUUCCUCCUCGUCCACAACCCCUAUAAACACCAGCAAUAAUAAUGAUAAUAACGGCAGUAAGAAUGAUUCCAUCACCAAGAAACCAUCCAAGGAUCGACAUACCAAGGUGGACGGCCGAGGGCGGCGCAUCCGUAUGCCGGCCUUAUGUGCAGCCAGGGUUUUCCAGCUGACCAAAGAAUUAGGCCACAAGUCUGAUGGUGAGACUAUAGAAUGGCUUUUGCACCAAGCUGAACCAUCAAUUAUAGCUGCAACUGGCACAGGUACAAUUCCGGCCAAUUUUUCGACCCUCAAUCUUUCUGUACGCAGCCGGGGCACCACCAUUUCAGCUUCACUAUCCAAGUCCAUGCCUCUCUUCAUCGGUGGCGCUACCGGCAUGCUAGGGUUCCACCCCCAGCUCACCUCAAACAAUGGUGGUUUUGGGCAAGACCUAGAUGUUGCAACCUCACAUUCAGAUACUAAACCUAGGAGAACCAUCAUGCAAGAUCACGAACCGGGUUCAGAUAAAAAACCCGGUUCAUCUCAGCCCUCCAGCUUCGUCCCGGCUCCCGCCAUGUGGGCGGUGGCACCAGCGAACGCCAACAUCGGGAACGCCUUCUGGAUGCUGCCCAUGACUGGUGGAACUGCCAUGGCCCCUGUGGGUGCAGGGCAGCAAGAACACCCCUUCUGGCAAUACAAAACCUCCCCCACUCAGAGAAUUGGUGGCUUCGAGUUUACCAGUGGUGGAGACCGGUUUAACCCCGGAUCAAUGGUGGUCCAACAGCCAUCGCCGCCGGUUCAGCAGCUGGGACUCGGUGUCUCUGAUACUACAAACAUGGGAUUACUGGCCUCUAUCAAUUCAUAUAGUAAUGGUAACUGUAGGAUUGAUUUGGGCAUGGAUUUACAGCAAAACCAGCAACAAGAUAAUGUCAGUGACGAUGAAAAUCCCAAAAAAUCUUGAUAAUUCCAUAUUAGAAACUUCCCUAUAAUUUUCUUGUUGAAUGAAGAAUUCUAAGUUUUCUUAGCUGGAUUUUUUUCCUAGUUUAUUGCUUUCUUGGUGAUAAGAUUUCUACUUUCAUUCAUCUUUUCGAUGUUCAUUUUUUGUUUCUCACUUUUUCGGAAAUUAUUCUCCCAUCAUAGUGGACGGAAUAAGAACAUUUUUGCACU